CACAAACACACACGCACACAAUAGGUGAAAACAACACCACCGUCGUGGCAUUCAUUCUUAUUCAGAGGCUGCAUAUUUCAACAUGCUUUAGAGCGUAAGCCAGGAAGAGAGUGAGAGAGAGAGAGAGAGAGAGAGAGAGAGAGAGAGAGAGAGAGAGAGAGAGAGAGAGAGAGAGAGAGAGAGAGAGAGAGAGACGGAGCAGUCAGUUUGAUGCAGAGCUUCACAGAGGACAGCUUCGCAUCAAGGGAGUGGCGGUGGACUAGUGGCAGAAACUUGGACUAUGGGCAGAAAAGGUCUCUUGUUCGUCUCUGGUUCGACUCCACGGAGAAACAACAAAAAGACGAACCUUGAUUGAUCUGUUCAAAAAUCCAAGAGGAUUCUCCCUACCCUGUCUAGUGCCCCUGAGCAAGGCACCUUACUCCCCCAACAUCUGAUCCCCGGGCGCCGUACAUGGUCGAUCACUGCUCUGUGUGUCCUGCACCAGAUGGGUUAAAAGCAGAGGUUACAUUUCCCUACCUGCAUGAGUAUGUCUGUGCAUGUGUUUGGGACUAAUAAAUGCAUCUUAAUCACAUUUAAAUUUACCUGUGCCAUAAAACAUCUACUGCCUAUUAGUGGUGCUACAAUCCCUGAGUGGAAAUCCUGUUUAAAGCUUUUAUUUUCCUAUCACAUACUAUCUAUACAUAUUGCACUUCACUGAAACUAAUUAUUAAUAUUUAAAGCGAACGGUGCACUUGAGUCAAUUCAAGGAGUAAAGGGCCCACAGCCCAUUACUCACAGGGGACUAAUGCAAAUAGAUGAAUGCAAUCGGCCUAGUUUAGUACAUUAAAAGGCCUAUUAAGGUCUGUGAAAACUGCAGAAAACAAAUGUAUUUGACAUUUUUCAAGUUGUGUGAUGUUACAAAGUCAUCUGAACAAUGCUGCAUUAGCAGCAGUUUUAUAGCAGCUUCUGCCACAGUGAUGCAGUUUAGUUGCAGAGUGGAGGACAGUUGGCCACCACUGAUGUAGACAUGGUAAGAUAUCUGCAUGAUGAGGAGCUCUCUCUAUUGUAAUCGAGCAGGCUGCUCAAACAUUUACCAAUAAUUGGUGUAUUGUAACUGUAAAUGUCACAUCAUAUCUUCCCAAAGCUGAACUAAGAAGAAUGCUUUAUAGGGGAAAUACUGCACAAGUUGCAUCCUUCCGCACUCGGUCAUUAUCUCUUUGUAAGUUAAGGAGAAGUGCUUGAGUGUCACUCAUUAUAAUGUGGUCUGGCAGCCUGUAAAAGUAAGUCUGACUUUGCUGUGAGUGAAACUACUGCCACGUCAACACAAGCAGUGUGGCCAAAUGAGACUGGACUACGUUAUCAGACCAGACCAAUACUCAACCAGAUGAAACCAGUUUAAUGAGGAUUUGUGUGUGUGUUGAUAGAUCUUUUGUCACGAGAACGUAAGAACAUGUGUAAGAACAUCCAUGUCAGUCUGUGCAUGUUAAAGGUGAAUUAGUGUGAGUGUGAUGUGAAGGCGGUCACCAUGUCUGAGGAGGAAAGGAUUAACUGCACAAUCCGCCAUGAAAUCCACCAGUACCUCUUCUCCAGUGUGUAUAUCCUUGUACUAUUGGUUGGUGUUCCCUCCAACAUGUACUCUCUGUACCAUGCUGCUGUACAGCUGAAGCAGAAGAAUGAACUUGGAGUUUAUUUAAUGAACCUCACUGUAUCUGAUCUGUUGUACCUGGCAUCGUUACCAGUGUGGCUCCAAUAUAUCUUUCAGGACGACGAUUGGCGUCACAGGGAAUGGUUGUGUCAGUUGUGUGGCUUCCUACUCUAUGAAAACAUCUACAUCAGCAUUGGCUUCCUGUGCUGUAUCAGUCUGGAUCGCUACCUGGCUGUGGUCCAUCCUUUAAGAUUCACCUCUCUCCGCUCUAUGAAUGCAGCAUGGCUUGUUAGUGCUAUCAUCUGGGUGAAGGAGAUUGCAGUAGGCGUGGUCUUCUUCCGCCACAAAGAACUGAGCAAAGACCACAAAAACCAAUCAGUGUGCUUCGAGCACUACCCCAUGGAGCCGUGGGAGUACCCGAUAAACUACUACCGCUUCACAAUUGGCUUUGUAUUCCCGCUGUCCAUUCUGUCGGUCAGCUACCUGUGCGUCCUCCGUGCUGUGGGCCGGAGCGCAGGGACACAGCCGGUUCAGAAGAUAAGGAUCCGCCAGUUGGUCGGCAGCACCAUUCUCAUCUUCCUUGUUUGUUUCUCCCCAUACCAUGUCUUCUUGUUAGUACGCACCCUUCUGGAGCGGGACUGCAACUUUAUUUCAAAAAUAUUUAACUACUACCACCUGUCCCUGCUGCUGACCACCCUGAACUGCGUGGCGGAUCCUGCUCUCUACUGCUUCGUCAGCGAAAGUGCCCGCCGCAGCCUGUACAGAGCCGUAAUCCGACCCUUUGCCAGGAUACUCAUUUGCUGCUGUCGCCGUGGCAAAGCGAGUCCCGCCAACCCGGCUACAGAUUCACACGAGGUCGCCACUGACGAGAACAACGGCCACCCAACAGUGAUGCUUCUCACUCACACCAGCCCACUCAAUAAUGCAAAAACAGACCCUGCCAUCAAAAAAACUAUUUUAAUUACAGAGAUGGAUGAAAAAAUUAUCAUACCCUCAAUUGUGCAAAGUAACAAAAAUUGACAAAAGUUUGGACAGUGCUUUAUAGGUCAACUUUAAACCAUUAACAAAAGCCUGCUGUGGUUGAGCUUGAAAUUAUGUUGUGUCUGGGCAUGGACAAAAUCAGGUGAGCCAACUUCAUCCACUCUUAGGUGCAUUAUUUUUACAGUUACUAUAAUUCUUGCUUUACCUGUCCAUUGCUGCAGCCCCUCUUUUUAGCCUCUCUCUGAAACGCUUGAUUUUAAGCUCCUGUCUCUUUAAGCCUGCACUCCUAAAAAAAAACGUCUUCUCUGAUUGGCUAUCUCCUCCAAUCUGUUGUGACUGGCCAACUGCUUCCAGUGUGUGUAAGAAAACAUGGCCUCCAGUUUCCCUUUACAUGACUUUGUCAGGAGGCAUGUCCGACUAGCUGCACAUUUAGAAAAUUUGGGGCAGCCUGUCUCAUGAUGUCACAUGACAUCAUGAUGAUGUGUUACUAUGGGCCGGACUACUGAUGAGGUAAUUCAGGUGCAGUGUUGUCUGUUGGGGAGAACAGAUCCCUUUAUUGUAGAAUAUAUAACACCCUAGAGGAAUCUAUAUUCAGUAACCCAUCCAAAAAGCAGCAUCAAUUUACAGAAGUAUUCAGACACUUUGCUUUGGCUCCAAAUUGUGGUCAUGUGCCUCCUGAUGUUUGACCAUCUGGGGAAAAUUUGUUUGAGUGGACACACAAACACACCUGUGUAUAAGCUCCUCCAGUUCAUGCUGCAGUUCAGAUAAAACACAAGCAUAAUGUCCAAGGAACUGGACUGUGGACCUUGCAACACAAUUAAAACCAUUUUCCAAAGCUCUGAGUGUUUCCAAGAGGAUAUAAUGGCCUGAAUAAUUGUGAAAAGGAAAACGUGUAUAAGCAUCAAGACGCCAGUUCACAGAUACUCCCCAUCCAGUCUGGUUGAUAUUGAGAGGGACUGUCAAAAAGAUAAACUGGCCAAAUCAAAGAUUGUUGAAACUAACUGCUGACAAAGUCUUCUACUCUACUAAUGGGUUGUCACCUUGUCAUUACCCCUAGAGGGCAAUGAGUGUAGGUUGAGUAAAACUGCACUACACUCAUCUUCUGAUUUCACUAUUAGAAUAAGUGAAUUUUUUAUGUACUAUAAUGAUGGGAGGGAUAAGUCUUUAAGAGUGAAAACAAGUGAACCAAUUAUUUGGUCUGAUCCUUUCACAAGUCUAUCUGAUAUACGACCUAGAGAAAAACACUGUACUUUCACAAUUCUUCUACCUAUUGAGAUAACGCAACAGCACAAAAACACAGUACCAGAACAUAUCGAAUCAAACUUUGAAGUGGUAUUGAAAUCCCAAAUGCAGUAUAAACACAUAUUGGUGUGACAUAUUACAUGACAGUAAGUCAAUACAUGAAUGGUGUGUUAAUGUUGCAGUGUGUAGAAUUUAGUGGUGAAUGUGCAUGUUGCAGGUCAAUACAGCUCACCUCAUCCUCCCCUUCCCAACAUGAAAGAGAACCUGUGGUAACCUUUAGUUGUCAUAAAAACUCAAAAGGUGUUUAGUUUGUCCAGUCUGGGCUACUACAAGAAACAUGGCUGCCUCCAUAGAAAUCUUUAAAUUAGAUUAUUGAAUACUUGUACAGCUGUGUAGGUACCCCACAUAAUAAAUUGUCGUUUGAUGCCUUGUCUGAUCGGAAGAAGUGAUAUCUAAAUUAAGGGGUUAGAUUGAUAAAGUUGGUCAUAAAUUCAGUAGAAUGGAAAAUCAAUGGACUAGAGACUUUAUGGUAUAAUUAAUACAGAAAAGCAAGACAAUUAAACUUUGAGCAUCUAAUGUCACCAUUAACUGACAAGUGAUGAUGGUAAAUGUGCAAAGAUCACCAGCAGCUCAAGUAGUAAAGAGUCAUCAAGUCAGUAAUUUCUGUUACAGUGGUAACAUAAGCCACCAUAAGCCACUGGUGUGUUUCAUUGCUUACAGAUUAAACGUUUCCUUUGUCAGAUCAUUGUUUCUUCCAUCAAAAGUUAAGCAGUCUUGCUUUUAACAUAUUUGAAUAGUUUGACCAAACUGUAUUUUCCUAUUUGCUAACUUCUACGCUAACUUAAAUUAUGAAUUAAAGGUUUUAAAAAAUGUUACUAUUUAUUCUUCAUGAAUCAAAUUUUUUAAGAAAGUGAUGCUUUUUUGUGAGUCAAUGUCUUUGGGCAAAUUUAAAUGUCCAUGAAGGUGUCAGUGAAUGCAGAUGGGUGAACAGCAUAAGACAUGUUCUGCUCCUGUGCUAUGAAAUGAUUAAUGUCACGUGAACAACAUACAGUGUUUACAUGUUGCUAUGUGCAUGGGUAUAGUUCUAUAUUAUGUUAUUCUCAUAAUAUGACAUUCUUACGUAGACACAAUAUUGUUAAAGCUAUGGUUGUUACUAACAUAAUGUUCAAAGUAUCGUUUUAUAAUGAUAAAUGUUCAAAUGACCUCUUCGCAGAUAUGAACGUGAUGAUGAUAUUUUUAUAAAAGUAUGAAACUGAAUGCAAACUAAAGGACAGCUAUACUUUUAGUUGUGUGUUUGCUGUGUAGAGCCAUACUAUUGUGUGUGUGCAUGUGCAUGUUUGUUUGUUGGUUUUCUGUGCAUACUGGUGUGCUUUAGUGUGACCUAGGCCUUUCCUCUCUGACGCUGGUGGUGUCAAUAACAGGAAGUGGUGGCAGAGUGGGACUUUUUCAGUUUUUUUUCUUCUUUUUUUUCUUUUUGUCGGAGGUCAAACAUUUGAAAGCCAGAGACAACUCUCAUACAAUUUGCCGACACUUUGAAACAUCAAAUAGGUGAAGGAAUAAAAUGCGUCACUUACACCACAUGCAGUUAGUCACCUCUGUUUCUCAUAAGAAGAGCGCGAGAAGCACUGGGUGUAGACUCUUCCCUGUCACUUGCUGCUGAAUCUGUAAAUUGUGUCGGUCCGGACCCAGCUUCUUUAUCCUCUUUUUGUCUUGUUUUAAUGGUUCUUGUAAAGAAAUCACCGGAUUUGCUGAAGUUCCACUGAAGCCAAUCAGCUCGCGGCGGAAGUUACUCAGUGACGUCAGAUGUACUUGAGAUGGCGUCGACAACUUAUAUUGAAUGCUCAUCAAUUUAAAGAUUUUUAUAGGGACUAGGCUAGGAUAACCAGAAGGUCAGCGCUUCAAUCACAGUAUUCCCAAUAUGUUUGCCGAAGUGGCAAGAUGCCGAACCCUGAAUGGCCACUGCCCAUGUAUGAAUGUGUGUGUGAAUGGUGAAAGUGCAGGUACAUAAGUGCAAUGUACCUGCACUUAUGCUGCAGGUACAUUGCAUUUACUCAUUACCAUUUUUUAUUUCAGAAUUAGCUAGUCACACCAAAACAAAAAUAAACAAUAUACAUAUAUUCAUUAUUUAUGCCACUGAUCCGCUUGAUGGUAGCAGGAGCAUCUGGAGCCAAUCCCAGCUGACACUGGGCGACAGGUGGUGUCAGGGACAGGUGGCCAGCAAAUCAUAUGGCAGACAUAUAGAGAGAAACAACUAUUCACCCUCACAUUCAAACCUGAAGUCAAUGUACAGUCUCCAAUCAACUCCAAUCUGCAUUUCUUUGGACUGUGAGAGAAAGUGAGAGUACCUGGAGAAAACAAACUCCACCACAAACUUCGGGUUCGAACAUUUAACAGGUUACAUGUUCAAAUGUACUUCUUCAACAUUGCUCUAGUCAUAUUUUUUUGAAAAAAAUGUAUAUUUCAAAAUAACUCGUACACAAAGUAUUGCCUUGCCUCUCAGAUGUAACAUUUCUCUGUUUCUCUGGAUAAGUGAACAGCUUUUGUGUCUCUGUAUUUCAGUCACUUGCUGGAGUGAUAUUAUGUUUGGCUGGAUGUGAGUUACUACUGUUUGUUGCUUUUAGGAGAUUUAUAAAUAAAGUUUGCAGGUGAACCAGUAGCUGAAAAUUAAAUCGAUGGUAUGAGAAAACAAAAA